AUGAGUUUCGUGAAGUGCGAUGAUGCUAUUUCGGACGAAAAUCUCAAUCAACUCGAUCAUACUUUUAUGUACACGCGAUUAUUGAAGGAAAUAUUAUUUGCUAUUGAUUUCGAACGGCAACAUAUCAAUGAAUUUCUGACCUACUGUCGCGAACAAUUCAUCCAUAAUAUUUCUACAUUACAGAAAUUGGACAUACUUGAGCAGGAUUAUCACAUGCAUGAACCGAUCUGGUGGUAUACGCAGGACUUCUUCCUUUAUUCAAUGCUCAAUCAAGCUUUACGUACGAUGGAUAUUGAUCAGAUCAUGAAGUUAGGCUUCUUCGUCAAGGACCUCCAUUUGAAUAUAGUAAAAUUAUACUCUCAACAAAAUGAUGGAGCUCGGCACGUCUUGCCUUUUACUGUCUAUCGCGGUCAAGGUCUUUCUCCGGNACCGGUAUUCUUUCGUUGA